CAGGGCGGAGGUUCGGGAGGGCAGGGCGCGGCGCCCUUCGAUUUAGGCCUAGCUGGAGCACUGUUGUAAGACAAUUAAUUGGAUUGGUUAUGGAUAUGAACUUGCAAAGCAAAUACUUGGUGAUGAAUUCUACUCAGAAAAACCAUCGGAGAAAACUGCAAGAGUCAUGAUGUACCAUUCAUCUAUGGAAGGCUCUGAUGGGAAGUUGAAGAAACAUAUUGUUGAGACGUUACAGACUGAAAGGUCUACGAUCCGACUGAUAAUUGCAUCUGUGGCUCUAGGCAUGGGUGCAGAUUUAAGGCAUGUUAAGAGGGUGAUUCAUGCUGGACCUCCUACUUCCUUAGAAACUUAUAUACAAGAGAUCGGCAGAGCAGGAAGAAGCCAUGAUGAUGCCCUGGCCAUUCUCUUCUUUAACAAAUCAGACAUUGCAUCUGAACAUAUGACCAGAGAAAUGAAGGACUAUUGUGUAAACUCAACUAUCUGCCGAAGAAGUUUAGUUAACCAGUAUUUUGGUUUUGAAACUCAGGAAGUCAAACAGUUUUCAAUUUGUUGUGAUUUGUGCAAUAAUGAACUGGGGAUAGAAUAUGAUUUUAGUAAACUGUCAGCUAACUAAAAGCAUACAUAGCUUAGUUUUCUUAAACUUCACCAUGACUCGUAAGCACAAAGCUUUUUUAAUUUUUAUUACAAUUACUGUUGCUGGUCACACCAUCCCCUUAAAAUAGGGUUGGUUAGUUGGCAACUGUUUUUAUUUUUAUUUUUGGAUGAUAAAAUUGUAUUUCAUGAUUGUACUGCUUAACGAACGAAUAUUUUGUAGAAUCAUUUGAUAUCUUAUCCUCUCACCUGAUUUAUUUAAUGCCAUUUUGAAAUCUGGUGUUUUUCCUAACUGUUGGAUGGAAGGUAAGGUUUUUCCUCUCCACAAAAAAAAAUGUUAAUAAUGUAAAUAAUUACUGAGGGAUAGUUUUGAAUAGCUCACUAAACUUCUUCGGCAGAUAGUUGAGUUUUCCAAAAUAUGUACGGGCAUAUUUUUAGGCAACAAGUAGUAGAUGUUUUUAAUCAAUCUUGGUCCAAUAGUGUGUCUGCAAGUCAUUCUUAACAUUCAUAUUGCCAUUUUUAACAACAUAUAAGGUUAUAAUCUUAUUUAGACUUUGUUACAAAAAAGUAUAGUAUUUGUAUCAAAUUUAAACCAUGUUUUUUAUUUGUUUCAUAUUGCAAAGUAUUAUUUGUUUAACAUGUAGCGUGACAUUUUAUUUUUUUAAACUAUAAAUCAUAAGAUUGUUAUUUUUUUUAUUGAUUUCAUUGCUAACACAUAGUUAAAUCUUGUAAUUUAUGCAUAAUGUGUCUUUGCAUUUUUGUUUAAAUAGCAGCGAGUAUAGUAUAUUUGUUUUAACUUUGUCAUUGUUAAAGCAUAAGCUUAAAUCUUGUAAAUGAAUUUUUUAAAGUAAUUUACCGGUUCUAUAUGAAUAGGACCUUCUUGAAACAUUUAAGUACAUUUAUUAUUUUAUAUACACUUUGUGUGUAUUUAUUGUUAAGUAUUGAUUCGUGAUAAACACUAUCAGCAUCAUUUACUUUUUUUUCUUCACUGUAAAGAUUGAAGUCUUAAAUUUGGCUUAAUCUGUUCUGCAAAAAAUACUAGUUUUAUUAAAAAUAAGAUUUGUUGAUUAAUUGAAUUUUCACAUCUUUUUAGGAAAGUCUAUCCUCGAAUAUUUUAAAUAUCUUAAAUAUAUUUGAUUAGGUUGAUUUAUUUAUCAUUUAUGUUUGAUGAAAAUUUAUAUAUUCUAUGUUGACUUAAUGCAAAUGUUAGUAAGGAAGAGUGCGUAUGGGUGAAAAUGUGUGAGAAUGGUACGGGAGUUUCGUGAUUUAUGGUUAUAAAUUAACAUUUGAUUGUAACGAUAUACCAUGUAGUAUAAGUUACCUAAUAAAGGUCUGUUCUGUU